GGCUUCUUGUUUUUCCACAGUCAAGAUGGCGGCCGUCCCUGAGAGCAGAGUCCUGACUUACAGCGUUUUUAAAUGGAGCUCCUUCUCCUCCACGUAUCUCCCCGAGAAUAUCUUGGUGGAUAAACCUAAUGACCAGUCUUCCAGGUGGUCCUCUGAAAGUAACUACCCUCCUCAGUUUUUAAUCUUGAAGCUGGAGCGGCCGGCGAUCGUUCAGAGCAUAACGUUUGGUAAAUAUGAAAAAACUCACGUGUGUAACCUGAAGAAGUUUAAGGUGUUCGGAGGGAUGAGUGAAGAGAACAUGACCGAGCUGUUAUCCAGUGGACUUAAGAAUGACUACAACAAAGAAACGUUUACUCUGAAGCACAAGAUCGACGAGCAAAUGUUCCCCUGCAGAUUUGUCAAAAUAGUGCCUCUGAUGUCAUGGGGGCCCAGUUUUAACUUCAGCAUCUGGUUCAUUGAGCUUCACGGCAUUGAAGAUCCUGACGUGGUUCAGCCCUGUUUGAACUGGUACAGUAAGUACAGAGAACAGGAGGCAAUACGUCUAUGCCUAAAACACUUCCGGCAGCACAACUACACUGAGGCGUUUGAGUCUCUGCAAAAGAAGACCCGCAUCGCUCUGGAGCACCCUAUGCUCACUCAUCUCCAUGCCAGGCUGGUACUGCAGGGAGACUUCGAUGCCUGCGAGGAGCUGAUCCAUAAGGCUGUCAGGGAUGGUCUGUUUAACCAGUACAUCAGUCAGCAGGAGUACAAGCCGCGCUGGAGCCAAAUUAUCCCAAAGUGCAACAAAGGACCAAGCACCCAGGAGCCCCCCCGUGACGACACAAACAGUGAUAACGACGAUAACAGGCCUGGGAUGAGAGGAGGGCAUCAGAUGGUCAUAGAUGUACAAACUGAGACUGUUUACCUGUUUGGAGGAUGGGACGGGACUCAGGACCUGGCUGACUUCUGGGCCUACAGCGUCUCGGAGAACCAGUGGAGCUGCAUCUCCAGAGACACCGAGAAGGAGAGUGGUCCGUCGGCACGCUCUUGUCAUAAGAUGUGCAUUGAUUCAGUGAGGAGGCAGAUCUACACUCUGGGCCGGUACCUUGACUCCAGCGUCAGAAAUAGCAAAAGUUUGAAGAGUGACUUCUACCGCUACGACAUUGAGCAGAACACAUGGAGUCUGCUGAGCGAAGACACUGCAGCUGAUGGAGGGCCCAAGCUCGUCUUUGAUCACCAGAUGUGUAUGGACUCAGAGAAGCACAUGAUCUACACAUUUGGGGGUCGUAUUCUGACAUGUAAUGGAAGCAUGGAGGAUACCCGCACCACAGAGCCACAGUUCUCUGGUCUGUACGCCUUCCACUGUGGCAGCGCCACCUGGAGGCUGCUCAGGGAAGACUCGUGUAAUGCCGGGCCAGAGGACAUACAGUCACGCAUAGGCCACUGUAUGCUCUUCCACACUAGAAACCGGUGCUUGUACGUGUUUGGAGGACAGAGGUCAAAGACGUACUUAAACGACUUCUUCAGUUACGAUGUGGAUGGAGAUCACGUGGAAAUCAUUUCAGAUGGCACCAAGAAGGACUCGGGCAUGGUUCCGAUGACGGGCUUCACACAAAGAGCCACGAUCGACCCAGAGCUGAAUGAAAUCCAUGUACUCUCAGGCCUCAGUAAAGACAAAGACAAACGAGAGGAGAACGUACGCAACUCCUUCUGGAUCUACGACAUCGCACGAAACAACUGGUCAUGUGUUUAUAAGAACGACCAGGCUGUGAAAGAAAACCCGACCAAAGCUCUGCAGGAGGAGGAGCCAUGUCCACGCUUCGCUCAUCAGCUGGUGUACGAUGAGAUGCACAAGGUACAUUAUUUGUUUGGAGGCAACCCGGGGAAGUCGUGUUCUCCAAAAAUGCGUCUGGAUGAUUUCUGGUCUUUAAAACUCUGUCGGCCAUCAAAGGAAUAUCUGCUUCGGCACUGCAGAUACCUCAUCAGGAAGUACAGGUUUGAGGAGAAGGCCCAGUCGGAGCCUCUGUCUGCCCUCAAGUAUCUGCAGAACGACCUCAGUCUGACAGUGGACCACACCGACCCCGAUGAGACCAAAGAGUUCCAGCUGCUACCGACUGCUUUGUUCAAGUCCAACUCUGACUUCAUCCCACUGGGUUUCUCAGAUGUGGACCAGACUUACGCUCAGCGGACUCAACUUUUCGAUACGUUGGUGAACUUCUUCCCCGACAACAUGACUCCGCCCAAAGGAAACCUGGUUGACCUCAUCACGCUCUAGCCCCGCCCCUUGCCAUGACAUCACCACUUUGACGUCACUAUAACAUCACUGGACAGGCUACAUGCUGUUGAUCCUCUUUUUGAAGCACGACCGUUUUCCGCAACACCUUUGACACAGUUUUCUGAAACUGAAAAGUCAUUUCAUUUUCUGUUUAGCCAAAUGUGCUUUUCAGAUCCGUAGAUCAUAGUCCAGAAUUUUCAGCUUGUUUCACAUAAUUAGAAGUAAUUUUGGAAAGCAGACAGGAACAAUAAAUGUGUGGGAUUUUAGUAGCAGAAUGAGUGCUUGAUGGAGCUCAAUGUUCUACCUGUAGACUGUAUAUAUAAAUGGACAUGGCUAACCCGCUAGCUGUUAAAUAGGAAGUGAGUAUGGGCACGCUUCUGGCUCCAUCGACUUUAGCUUAAAAUGUUCAUUUUAACUCACUCCACAUAAUCCUGGGGUUUUAAUUUAACUUUUUUAUCCCUAAAUUGAGAUGGGAUGCCUGAUUUGUCCGUUACUGGUGUUCUUCUUUCCUCAAGGUCACUUCCUCUAACACGAGCAACAUGUUUGAUUGACAGCAUUGCUAAGCGCCCGCUCCCUGCCAUACCAGCGAUGCAGUCGGGAAGGGGCAUUAUCUUCAACAGCCUUGAUCUGGAUUGGCUCUUUGAUUUGCUGUGAUACUCUUGGUCAGAAUUCUAAAUAUGGAACUCUGCUCCAAAUUUGCCGGUAUAACUGCUAGCCUCGAUGAGCUUCAUUUGACUGGAGCAGAACAUUAUGAGUGACAUCACACUCAGUCCACUUCUUUAUACAGGCUUGUUCCACCUGUGUCUUCAAUACCAGAUGCACUCAUCCCCUCAGGCUGACCCACAUUCUCUCCCUUCCUUCUUUGUGCUUACUCUCCCCGCUCCUCUUCAUUUACUUCUUUCUCCCCUAACAUCACAUAUUUGACCACUUCAUUUAUUUGGGGCUAAACAGACCGCAUGCCAUGCAGGUCUGGUGGCAGCAAGUAGCGAGAGGCGCUCAGACAACACACUGUGCAGUCUGGUGGUGCUGGCGGAGGUGCUGGGGUGCUCUGGAUCCUAUCCAUUGGUAGUCUAAAGGCAGCCAUUUCCCUUAAUAAAUUAAUAGUUAUGGUAUGAACACUUGGUCUGGCUGACACAGCUUUAAAGGCAGCGACACAAUAGCACAGAACAUGUACUCCAGUGUCAGAGGUUUAAUUCUGGUGAGAUACUGAGAUGGAGCAGUCUGAGGGAGGUGUAGAGUAGGUCUGGCCCUGUGGCUUUGCUCCUGUCUGCUGCUCCAAACUAGAUUUAAAAUGAACAAAUCAAAGUUAUUAUUCAAACUCAUGACUUUUGCUGAAAAUGCAACUAAUUUCUGUCAUUUUCCCCAUUUUAAAAUUGGAUAUUGAAGACUUGACACUACCCCACUAGACAGUUAUGCCCUGUUUUAUGUUUAUGUCCUUGUAUAUUUGAAAACAAACUUCUUAAUUUAUUCACUUAGCUUGACUUGGGUUUGCCUUUAGAUUUGGAGGGUUAAUUUAAACAAAAAUAAUAGAUUUAUAAUGAAUGGGUGCUCUAUAGACAAUAUGAAUGUAAAUAAUAUUAUGGAGAGAACAGACAGCUGUCUUUUGUAAACUUGCAAAUUGUAUAUUUGGUCUUUAAAGUGGAACUAAACACUCAUUCAUUCAGUCAUUUUUGGCCAUUUUAGUACAAAUGCAGUAGAUUUGCAGUUUUCUGGUCAAAAACGCCUAAAUCCAAGUGUGUGCUACCUGCAGUGGCCUCUGCAACUUCAGAGCAGUGCUGUGUGAUGUCACACAGUAGCUGAAGUGUUUCUGAUUACAAACACUUGGCUACAGAGGCAGAGUUUGAAAUGUGGGUAUCUGUUAAACCAAUCACACUGUUCCUUAUACCCCCAGACAAUAUACCCUCCUCUCCCUCAGUCUCCCCUUUAGCCCUCCAGACCCUGCCCAGUUUAGCAGCUCUAUUUGAAAUGUUGUUGUGGGCAGAGUUUAGGUGUUUAGUCCCACUUUAUUUUGAAAUAGGAGUUUGAUACUAAAUAUCACACAAUACUUUACAUUUGGGCAAAACUUUGACUAAUGAGUUAUUUUGUUGUUGUUGCUUAAAGCUGCACUAUGUAACCUUUCUGCCACUUGCUGUCUCUGUUAAUGCUUUGCCUGGAAUAUACCACAGUAUGGCAUUAAACUUGACUGUCAUUUAUUCAGAUACAGGUGUUUGUAUUGCUUUAAUUUAUUGGUUGGGAGUUUUAUACCUUGAAUGCCAUACUGUGGAGCAUUCUAGGCAAAGUGAUAACAUCACCAUGGAGACAAGAAUGUUUUGGACCCCAAACCAAAAAAGUUACAUAAUGCGUUUUUAAUUUGAAUAUUGUAGUAUUCAUGAUGAAAAAAUAGCCGCUAGUAAGUAGAUGACACAGUUUGAUUCAGAACGCGGAUGGUGGGCCCAGUUCACUUCAGUUUUUAUUGAUAAAAAUAUAUGCAUUUGGUCACUAUUGAUUACCCUUGUUGUGUUUUAUUUUCAUCUGCAAAAAAUAUGACUUUGAAAAGGGGGGAGGGGUUUCUGCAUGGAGCAAUGUUCAGCAGUUAUCACAGUGAUACAAUGCACACCGUAGGAAAACACUGUCUUGUGAGUUUUUAGAUUGUCUGAAAAUUCAAAGUAGAAAAUCCAAAAUGUAUUUAAAGAGCACAUUUUACCCGAGCGUUCAUGGUUUAGGAGUUUGAUUUUUCAACAAAAAUGUGAGUGACUAACAGUCACAAACUAGUUGGCAUUAGCCAACAGCUUUUCAGUGGUGUUAUUUGAGAGGGACUUGUUUCACAUCAGUUAUCAGCUCACCUAUUGUCGUUCAGCUAAGUCAGACUUUCAUCUGAGCUUUGUUUUAACACAAUCUAACUUGAGUAAAAGUGCUUGAGGCAGAGCAGUGCCUACAGGUAGCUUCACCCCUUUAGGGAAUGUUGAUGACAUCAGCUGCAAAGAAUUCAUUUUUGUCUAGAUGGCCCAUCUCCAUUUUCGAUUCACCCAACUUUUAAUUUAGUUUUCCUGGUAUCACCGUAAAACAUAAACUAUAAUUCUCUUGAACUGUGAUUCUUGUAGCACUAUUCGAUGCGCAUCCCUGCGUUUUGAAUCAGCCCUGUUUGUACAUAAUGUGUGUAAAAUAAACAGGAGAAUAUAUAGAUGCGUGUAUUUAUGAGCCCAGAGGAACACAAGGACUGAUGGAUGCAUUGAGAGCAGUGGGAGGAAGGUCAAAAUGAUUACUACUGCUGACAGAUUUUUAUUUGACCUUUUUUUAAUUUUUUAUUUUUUUGGCAUUUCUAUCAAGAGUUUGUAUGUCAAAUGCAGAGUUCUGAAUAUUUAAAGCUGUACUGUAACUUUUGUGGAGUAGGGUCUGCUUUCACCACCUCGUCUUCAUGGAGAUGUUAUUGCUUUGUUUGGAGUGUUUCGCUGUAUGGCACAGGGUUGCCUAACGUAAUGAAAAUCAUAUUUAUCAAACUACAUACUCAUUUGAGCAGGACAGAAAUGAACCUUUUCUGAAUUGAUUUAGAAUGAUCUUGAGCUGUAUAAGACCAGAUAGACUAGUAUAUGCCCAUGGACCUCUAUGGAGCCUACCUGGAUGAUGGAGGGAUUACACAGAUGUAAGCCACAUGGGAAUAUAAAAGGAAGAACUACCAUCUAAUGUUGAAUAUCAUUUUCUAUUGUCUAAAUAAAUCCGGUUUUAUUAUCGUCGUAUCGCAAUCAGUAUUGAGAAUACAGUCUAUUCAUUAGUAUUGAAAUUAAGUGUGAAUUUUUUGUAUCAGGACAACAUAGCCUGGCAUUAAAUAUACUGUUUCUGUUAAUGCCAUAAGUGUUGAAAAUUCUUGGUAAAGCAUCUCCAUGGAAACAAGUGGCAGACCCUACACUAGAAAAUUUGCACAGUCCACCAUUAAGCCUUGCUUUAUUAAAACUAAACCUGACCAUGAAACUACUCCUUGAUAAUGACAAUUUAGCAUAAUAUUUAACCCAAAACUUCUAGACUUUAUUCAGGUUAAAAUGAUGACAAAAUACUACACAUUGUAAUACAUAAUCAAUGUUAAAGAGGGGGUAUUAUGAAAAGUUGUUUUUUUUUUUUUGUUGUUUUUUUUUUAAUCUUUCUACCAUAUAAGGUUGUUCCCUCAUUAAAACAUGCCUGAAGAGGUUUUAGAUGUCAUCCAUGCAUGUUUGGGUAAUCUAGUGAUCUCUCCUGAGCCCUAUAAGAACACUCCUUACUGUUAGCAGUACAAGGCUACGCCCAAAGCCUACAUCACCCCUGCUCCCAUAAAUAUACAACAUGAUACAAAACUACACAGUAACUUGACAAGCUGAUGUAAUGUGCAGUAGUUUCAUUAGUGGGAUGCAUGCUGUUUAAGCGCUCUGAAGGGGGAGUGACUUAGCACAGAGAGCAAAGGGAGGAUAGAGUUAGUGUGUCAAAAGUGAAAUUUAACAUGAUAAUACAUUGUUUUAGGUGAAUAUAGCAUUUUCAAAACAAUAAAAGGUAACAUGGUGAUCUAAAUAUGUUAUGUGUUACAACUAAUACUGCAUAGAAGUAAAAUACCCCCUCUUUACUACCCCAUUGAACCAAAGCCUCUUUAAAGGUGUUUUCAAAUUUAAAUUCAGUUUUACAUAAUUUAUUACUAAACUAAAUGUCCUUGAAGGUGACGUUUGUGCCAGUACAGGUCGAGAUCGCACUUUUGUCAAAUGCCAAAUCCCACUUUAGUUUAAGAUGUUUUUGGGUUUUUUUUCUUCUGUGAAAUUGUUGGUUUAAUUCAUGAUUUCACUCAUCAGUGAAAGUGAACUGAUGAGUGAUUCUGUCCCUUUGAGUCUGCGCUCUGCUGUAGAGACAGGGAGUGAACUGUUGAAUUGUAUCUAAUGUACAUAAAGAAUAAAGAUUGUAUUUUGUUCAA